GUAGCUUUUAGAGCAGGUAGGUGUAAUCAUUUUGGUCCCCCUUGUGGUCAGACACUGCUACUAAGCUUGUUCGUUAUUUAUGUAGCUCAGGCUAACUCCUGCUAUCGUUUUUUAACUCCGUCUUUAACACCAUUUAAUACAUGAUAGCAUCGGUUGUAGCUAACUGUUAAAAACAACGAGUGAUUUCUGCUCACAGUCUUCGCUGCGAUUUGUUUUAUUUCUGCUAAGCCCGAGCAGCUCUGCUUCAGGUUAGUUGAACUUUGACACAGUGAACAUUGCUCAGAGGCUGCCCCCCAAAACCAGACUGACUCCUUGUGAAUUAUUCACACGCUGCGUUAGGUUUUUGUGCUCUUCAUUUAAAGCUCUCGCUAACAAAUCAAAGAUCGGCUGCUGACCCCAGGAUGACCUCCAGAAAAGUUGUGGAGUUGUUCUACGAUGUAGUUUCUCCGUAUUCAUGGCUUGGUUUCGAGGUCAUGUGCCGAUACAGAAACGUUUGGAACAUCGACCUCAAACUGCGCCCUGCGUAUCUGGGUGGCAUCAUGCACGGAGCGGGCAACAAGCCUCCUGGUUUGGUUCCUAACAAGUUCACGUACAUGACAAAAGAUCUCAACCGCUUGGCAGAAUAUUUCAAUGUCCCCUUGCAGCCGCCUGCUGACCCCUUUGAGGUCAUGUUCCAGAAAGGCAGCUUGGCUGCAAUGCGAUUUGUGGCAGCGGUGCAAGAAAAAGAGAAGGAUGGAGAGAAGGUGGUGAAUGUGUCCCGUGAGCUGUGGAGAAGAAUCUGGAGUGAAGACAAAGACAUCACUGAACCUGUGUCGCUGUCUGAGGCAGCAGUGAAAGCAGGAUUGUCUGAAAGUGAGAUAAAAGAACUGCUGGCCAUGUCCACCUCAACGCAGGUCAAAGAGAAGCUUAAAAGCACAACACAGGCAGCACUUGAUUAUGGGGCUUUUGGUUUCCCCAUGAUUGUGUGUCAUGUUGAUGGAAAGCCAGAGAUGUUCUUUGGAUCUGACAGAUUUGAGCUCAUGGCCCACUGCAUCGGAGAGAAAUGGCUGGGACCUCAACCCAGCAAAUCAGCUGCCAAGCUGUAAAAUGAAACCUGUUUUCAUCUAAAGACGAUUUGCUCACAGUUUUGAUUUGUGAUUAAUUUGCAUCUUUCAUUUUUCUGAAAUUAAAAUCCCAGCUGUGCCUCUGAAAACAAGCAGCACAUUUUUAAUAUGCUUUAACAUAGCGCAGAAGAUUAGUUUUUAUUAGUAAUUAUUUUGGGGGCUUUACAGUUCUUCUGUCAUCUUUUGUUUUUCAUUAGGUGGGCCAAAUCGAUUCAUUAUCAGCCAGCAUAUGCACUGGUUAUGAAAGCUUGUGACAAUUUUGUGAAAUUUUGACGUCUGAGUCAGUAAACAUUUUGAGUUCAGUUUGUUCAGAUAAUAACCUGAAAAUCCAACUUAUCAGUGGCAAAAGUUGGUUUUUUUUGUCAGUGUCAGAAACAAGUUUCCAAAGUGGUACUGUUGAAAUAUGGGUAUAUAUAUGCUUUUUUAAAUGUUAGUCAUACAAAACCCAAAAUAACAACAACAAAAACGAAUGUGGGUAGAUUUGGUCACAUGAUGUGUGUCUACCAGGAUCAACCAGUGUUCACAGAUCUCAGUGUUUAAAUUUUGAACACA